AUGUCAUACAAAUCUUUCGCUCUCGUUGGCGCCAACGGCGUACUUGGCAAGAACAUCUUGAACGCCCUCAUCACAGAGAACAUCCCUUUCCUUGUCCUUACCCGGAAAUCCUCCGACUCUUCGUCCAAUCUCCCUGCAUCUCCCAACAUCAAGGUCGCUAAAGUUGACUACGAGGACAGCGCGGAAGUCUCUGCUGUACUUAAGGAGAACAAGGUCGAUGUCCUUAUCUCGGCCAUCAACACGGCAGCGGGGGGAAAGAGCAAAUACGUUCUUGCGGACAGCGCAAAGGCUGCAGGAGUAAAGCUCUUUGUGCCGUCGGAGUUUGGGUCUGUCACCGCCGGUGCAUCUGUGAAGGUGUUGAAGGAUAAGGAUGACUUUGCGAAAUAUUUGAAGAAGAUUGGACUGCCAUCUGCAAGAAUUUUCACAGGAUUAUUCUUCAUCUACCUUCCUGCGCUUGUUGGAUACGUUGUUGAUCAGAAGUUCAAUAUCGUUGGAAAGGGCCAAACGAAGGCAUCUUUCUCGGCUCUCGAAGACAUUGGUGGCUUUGUUGCGUAUAUCCUGACUCACCUUCCGGCUGAGCAAUUGAACGACAAGAUAUUCCGUCUACAAUCGGAGGGUCUGACGUUGGUAGAAGCAGCUGCGAAGGCAGGUCUCCCACCCAAUCACGUCGACAAGCUUCCUGGAGACUUGGCGGAGUCAUUCUUGGCCGCCCUCCAAGGCUUGAUAGAAAGCGGCGAGGGUUCCACGGGGUGGGACUACGAGGCGAACAAGGAAGGCACGGAAGGAGCUGGAAGUGCAAACGCUUUGUGGCCGGGGCAUGAGUGGAAGACGGUCACGCCUGCACUCUUUAGCAAAUAG